UCAACUACAUAUAUCGUGCGUAAACAUAAAGGAUCUGCACAUAGUAAAACGACAUUUCCAUUACGGCGGCGGGAGCGAAAAGGUGGGGCUUCUGUCUUUUUACAGCGAAGCAACAAUUUAUCCCCGGUAACUCUGCUGUAGCAGGUGGUCGCGGUGUGGCAGUGGACAAGCCAUGUGAAUGAAAAUGGAAAUAUGAAGUUGUUGUAUGACAACGCGUGGACUGAUAUGAACUGACGCUUAUUGUCUUAUGUGAAAGGUGUGAAAUUUUUUGGGUGCGUGCUUCUAGAGAUCAGGUAGUUUUUCUCCGAAUACUUUUUUAGUUCAACACGAUUGAGUGAGACUCAAAAUAAUUGCUGUCUUCAGAAAGUUGGCUUUGAAUUUGUUUUAUUACAUUUUGCGGUGAAACCAUGGCUUUUGCUAAAUUCAGCAAAAUCCUUCGCUUGUCUUCUUUUGACAUAAAAAAGAAGGCAAAACAAUAUGAACAUGUUCAUCGAGACAUCAAUCCCAAUGACCAAUGGGAAAUUAUCGGAGAAUUGGGUGAUGGAGCGUUUGGAAAAGUUUACAAGGCCAAAAACAAGGAGACUGGAGCGCUGGCUGCGGCCAAGGUGAUCGAGACGAAGACCGAGGAGGAGCUGGAGGACUACAUGGUCGAGAUAGACAUCCUGGCCAAGUGUGACCACUGCUACAUCGUCAAGCUGCUGGACGCCUUCUACCACGAUGCCAAGCUCUGGAUCAUGAUUGAGUUCUGCCCCGGAGGAGCCGUGGACGCUACUAUGUUAGAGCUUGACCGGGGCCUGAUAGAGCCCCAGAUCCAGGUGAUCUGCAAACAGAUGCUGGAGGCCCUGGUCUACCUGCACAGCAUCAAGAUCAUCCACAGAGACCUGAAGGCCGGGAACAUCCUCCUCACACUGGAGGGAGACAUCAAGCUAGCGGAUUUUGGCGUGUCAGCGAAAAAUACCAAAACCCUGCAAAGAAGGGACUCUUUUAUAGGAACACCAUACUGGAUGGCUCCGGAGGUGGUGAUGUGUGAGACCAUGAAGGACGCUCCGUAUGACUACAAGGCUGACAUCUGGUCCCUGGGCAUCACCCUCAUCGAGCUGGCCCAGAUCGAGCCCCCGCAUCAUGAACUCAACCCCAUGAGGGUCCUGCUGAAGAUAGCCAAGUCUGAGCCCCCUACCCUGGAGCAACCCAACAAGUGGUCACAGGAUUUUAAGGAUUUCCUGAAAAAGUCGUUGGAUAAGAAUCCGGAGAGUCGGCCAAACGCCGCACAGCUCCUGGAGCACCCCUUUGUCUGCUCGGUGAAGACCAACAGACCCCUGCGAGAGCUGGUUGCCGAGGCGAAGGCUGAAGUCAUGGAGGAAAUGGAGGACAAUAGAGAGGAUGGAGAGGAGGAUGACACCGCUGAGCUCACAGUCCCAGUGUCUCCAGGCAAGGACCCGACUCAGACCAGUCUAGAAGGGGACCAACCCACAGACACACCCUCCAAAGCCCCUGUGGUGGACGAGGCCAAACCCCCCCUAAGACCGCCCCACAAGGUCGGUGACCAGCUGAUGGACCGACAGCUCCCCGACGAUGGCAUCAGCAUCGUGGACUCAGACAUGCCCGAGAGCGAGACCUCUGGCAAGACCGCCUCCGACUCGGGCAUCGAGGAUGGGAAGAGCACCCCCACCUCAGACGAGGGCAAGCCCGUGGACACCCCCGAGACCGAGAACCCACCCCUGCUGGCACAGCCCAAGGUGGGAGAGGUACCAGAGAUACCCCAAAGCCAGGAGGAGGGCAGCAGCAGCACCACCACCCCAGACACCACACCUCUGAUCGGGCUGAAAGGGAGCUUGAGGGGGGGGCCUCCGGAGAGGGCCUCUAUAGGGGCCGACAUGGAGAACCUGAUGCCCCACCACAAUGGCAAUGACAGAAUUUCCAAGAGGUACUCUGACGCGGGAAGCAUGUCUACCUCUGAGAGCAUGGACAUCAGCCUCAACCUGUCAGGAGACAUGUCAGUCAACAAGGAUGAUGGAUCCCUCUCCUCCAGGGUGGACUCUCGCUUCUCCAAUAAGACAUUGAAGCGCACCAGGAAGUUUGUCAUCGACGGCGUACAGGUCAGUGUGACCACGUCCAAGAUCAUCAGCGACGAUGAGAAGAAAGAUGAAGAGAUGAGGUUUCUCAGGCGUCAGGAGCUGCGGGACCUGCGUCUGCUGCAGAAGGAGGAGCACCGUGCUCAGGCGUUACUCAACACCAAGCUGGACGCUCAGAAAGAGCAAAUGCAGCGACGCUUCGACCAUGAGAUGAACGUGAAGAAGAAGAACUAUGACACGGAGCUGGAGAGCCUGGAGAAAAACCAGAAGCAGACCAUCGAGAAAAUGGAGACGGACCACGCUGUGAGGCUCAGGGAUGAGACCAAACGCAUCCGCUCCGAACAGGACCACGACUACACCAAGUUCCAGGAGCAGAUGAAGCACAAGAAGAAGAGUCCAUGGAUUUUACAAUCAUCUUUACAGGUGAAGAAUGAGGUUGAGAAGCUCCCCAGAAAGACACGGAAAGACGCCUUGAAACAGAGAAUGAACAGCUUUACACAGAUGAAGCAAACGGAGGAGCAGAACUUCCUGUCAGCCCAGAAGAACCACCUGGACACAACGCUGAAGAGCAUCAUCUCAGAAAACAAGAGGGAUAUCUCAGAGACGGAGAGGCAGUGUCUCGACAAGAAACAACACCUCAUCAGAGAAAGGGAAGCUACUAUCUGGGACCUAGAGGAGAAGAACCUUCAUGAGAAGCACCAGUUGCUGAAACAGCAGCUCAAAGACCAGUACUUCCUCCAACGCCACCAGCUGCUCAAGAAGCAUGAGAAGGAACAAGAGCAGAUGCAGUGCUACAACCAGCGGAUGAUUGAGCUGCUGAAGGCCCGGCAGCAACAGGAGAAGGGCCGCAUGCCCAAGAUCCAGCGCAGCGAGGGCAAGACCCGCAUGGUCAUGUUCAAGAAGAGCCUCCGCAUCAACUCCACGGGUAGCGCCUCGGAGGACCGCGAGAAGAUCAAACAGUUUGCCCAGCAGGAGGAGAAGCGUCAGAAGGCUGAGCGGCUGCACCAGCAGCAGAAGCAUGAGAGCCAGAUGAGGGACAUGAUUGGCCAGUGUGAAGGCAACAUCAGGGAGCUGCAGCAGCUACAGAAUGAGAAGUGCCACCUGCUGAUUGAGAACGAGACUCAGAGGCUCAAGUCUCUGGAUGAGCAGCACAACCACCAGCUCAAGGAGUGGCGGGAGCAGCUCAAGCCCAGGAAAAUGGCUCUGGAGGAAGAGCUGAACCAGAGAAAGAGGGACCAGGAGGACUUCUUUAAGAUGAGUGAGGACUCCGAGUGCCUGAGCCCCAGCUCCCCAAACAAACUCACCAAGUUCCUCCCUUAUUCUGAGUCCUCUACUACGUAGACUGGCAUCUCUUCCCCUCUAAACACCCUCCUAUCUUCCUGUCAGGACCAACCCUAACCUCUUAUCCCACAUUAUAACCUGAAAGACCACUGCCAGAUGCCUCAGCCUCACCAGAAAUGCUUGACUAGGUAGUCCCCCUCCUGAACUUUUCUUUCAUUUUUAAGAAAUAUGUAUGUUUUAAGUCCUGUUUAUAACAUUUUAUCGUUUGAUUAACCCAAGUUGUCAAGGCUUGGUCAUAUUUUAUUUGGAAGAUUGUCUUUAAUUCCACGUGUGUCAGGCUGCUUGAUAGAUAGGGUCUUCUUCAUCCACGCAGUGUUUCCUUUUUAAUUCUCUUUUUUUAUAGUCUAAACCCAUUGGUUUACUAUGUGACCAAUAAGCAUGAGGCUAACCUAUAGUUAGUCAGGAAGCUGUGGUGAGGAGAGGCAUCCCAUAUCCCAAAGAGGGUCAGCUGGGGAACAGUGUUUCGGGUGCAAUGUCGAAAAUAAGGCAGAAAUGGACUUCAGACAAAGCUGUGUUGGUGGGAGCCAAUGAAUUAGCAUGUUUGUCUUCAUCCAGAGUCUCUCGCAUAAUGAACACACCCAAAUAUGAUAAUUCAGUCUCUCUUACUCUGCCAUUGUGUGGCUUGGCUCAACAGCCUUUUAGUUCAAAGCACAUGCUUUCAUGUCCAGAACGCAGAUGAGUCAUUCCACCAAUAAGGUGCCUUUUUUUAGUAGUGUAAUUUGUAACCAAAAAUAAAAAAUGAUUUCACAAAAUUUUAACAUUCUAUCCUAAAGAGCAAAUGUUCAACUUAACAAAAAAAGUCAAGAGGUUAAAUACAACAAUAACUGUAGUAAGUACAUAUUAAGUGCCACAUAAAGUAACAGGGUUGACGACUUCAUCUUAAAUCAGCCAUGAAUCCCCUUGUGACAGGGCGAAUGGAAGCUUGUUGUGUGCAACAGGGAGGGGCCAUUGAAUGCAAGAUUCACACCAAAAAAUGAAUUGUUAGAAAAUGUCUAGCCUGUCUAUCUAUUGGUAACAGGGUUGGUGUUAUUCUCGACCUGCUCAGUUUUCCACCACAAAACACAAGCAAAUUGCCAAAAAGAGUAGAACCAGCUCACCUGCUUUUACACUAUG